CUCCCCGUGACGUCGCUCGGUCUGGUCCCGGGUGCGCCGCUCUCCGGUCCCGUCUCGGCACAAACCACUCGAGCUGCUGCCUCCAGUGCCGUGCGGCGAAGGUGCUGGUGCGGGUAACCGGUGUCCUUCUCCUCCUCCUUCUUCUCCCUCCUUCUUCUUCCACUCCACGCUCUUGUCCCACAUAUAUCAGUGAACUGUUUCCACACACACACUGCUUCAAGAGAGAAGGGGAAGAGAGAAAACCUGAGGCGGUGAAUAAGAGAGAGAGGAGAGAGGACGGCAAGGAGAAGGAGAGAAAAGAAAAAAAAGGAACACAGAGGAAGAAAAGAGGAAAGAAGAGGAGAAAAAAAGAGGUCGUCGUGGUCCUUCUUCUGUUAUUUUUUUCUCCCCCCCGGGCUGAAGCUCCACCAAGAAGAUGCUGAGAAUAGGCGGUGUGCUGGUUCUCGUGGCUGUGGGGUUGAGCGCCGCUCACACCAAAGUGAAUAAACACAAGCCAUGGAUUGAAACGUCAUACCAUGGUGUGAUCACUGAAAACACUGACAUCGUCCUGCUGGAUCCUCCACUGGUGGCCCUGGACAAAGAUGCUCCCAUUCCUUAUGCAGGGGAGAUCUGUGCGUUCAACAUCCAUGGGCUGGAGGCUCCGUUCGAGGCAGUGGUGCUGAACGGUACGUCUGGGGAGGGUCAGCUGAGGGCACGUGGCCUGGUUGACUGUGAGCUGCAGAAGGAGUACACCUUCAUCAUCCAGGCUCAUGACUGCGGUUCGGGCCCCGGGGGUACGGAGGGCAAGAAGUCCCACAAGGCCGUAGUGCACAUUCAGGUCAACGAUGUGAAUGAGUUCGCUCCGGUGUUUCGGGAGCCCCAGUACAGAGCCGCGGUGACGGAGGGCAAGAUUUACGACAGCAUCCUGCAAGUGGAGGCCACUGAUCAGGACUGUUCCCCACAGUACAGCCAGAUCUGUAACUACCAAAUCACCACCACCAGCACUCCCUUCGCUAUAGACCGCAAUGGUAACAUCCGGAACACGGAGAAGCUGAGCUACGACCGGCAGCAGCAGUACGAGAUCCAGGUGACGGCGUGGGACUGUGGCCAGAAAAGAGCCCUACACAGCGUCCCUGUUCGCAUUGACGUCAAGCCUGUCUGCAAACCUGGCUGGCAAGGUUGGAAUAAACGAGUGGACUAUGAGCCAGGGACAGGCAGUAAGCAGCUGUUUCCCAAGAUGCACCUGGAGACCUGUGGUGGGCCUCUGUCGUCUGUGAGGACCACCGUGGAGCUGCAGACCAGCCACAUCGGGAAGGGCUGCGACCGGGAGACCUACUCUGAGAAAUCUCUACAGAAACUCUGUGGUGCCUCAUCGGGCAGCACUGACCUUCUCCCUGCUCCCAGCGCCGCCACCAAUUGGACAGCCUCCCUGGUGACUGACAGCGGGCGGGACAGCGACCUCAUCUUCAGGUUUGACGGUCAUCAGGCUGCUAAAAUCCCCGACUGGGUGGUACCCCAGAAUCUGACAGACCAGUUCACCAUAGCAACGUGGAUGAAGCACGGGCCCAGUCCUGGACUCAGAGCUGAGAAGGAGACGCUGCUCUGUAACUCUGACAAGACUGAGAUGAACCGUCACCACUACUCGCUGUAUGUCCAUAACUGCCGCCUGGUGUUUCUGCUGAGGAGAGACUUCACCCAAGUGGACACCUUCAGACCGGCCGAGUUCCACUGGAAACUGGAGCAGAUCUGUGACAAGGAGUGGCACUACUACGUUAUCAACGUGGAGUUCCCGGUGGUGACGCUUUACGUGGAUGGAGUGACCUACGACCCCUACCUGGUGACGGACGACUGGCCCAUCCACCCCUCGCAGAUUGAUGUGCAGCUCACAGUGGGCGCCUGCUGGCAAGGUGGGGAGGUGACCAAGCCGAGGUUCACGCAGUACUUCCGGGGAAGCCUAUCUGGACUGACCAUCAGACCAGGGAAAAUUGAGAGUCAGAAAGUCAUUUCCUGUCUGCAGGCCUGCAAAGAGGGACUUGACAUCAACUCCCUCGAGAGUCUGGAUAAGAAUAUAAAGUUCCACUUUAACCCAGCUCAGUCCAUUCUGGUAAUGGAGGGAGAGGACUUGGAGAACAUGAACGCCGCUGUGAGGAAAGUUUCCUACAUAAACUCUCGCCAGUUUCCCACACCAGGCAUCCGACGCCUGCAUAUCUCCACUGCCGUCCAGUGUUUUGGUGAGGACACCUGUAUCACCAUACCUGACAUCGAUGCAGUGGUGAUGGUGCUGCAGCCCAGCGAGCCCAGGAUCACCAUCAGUGGUGUGGAGAGACUGAGCCAUCCGGUCUCCGACUUCAGAGCACCUGGAGGAAUUGUUCUGUUCCAGGACCUCCACAUCAUCAGCACAGUCACCAGGGCAGAGACCACCGUACAUCAUACGGCACGUCGACCGGGUGUGAUGGAGGAGAUCAUUCAUAACUUGGACUACUGUGAUGUCCUGGUGUUGGGGGAGGAGCUGAACCCAGAGCAGGAGUCUCUCCAACUGCAGCGAAGCGCUCUGCUUGGAAAACACCUCGACGCCACCAACUCCACCUCUGGCAUGUCCGUAUAUGGUGUGGACUCCAUGUCCAACUACGAGCAGGUGAUCCGACAGGUUCGCUACUACAGCUGGCAGCCCGGACGGCUAACAGAGAGAAGGUUUCGUCUCACCUGCUCAGAGCUCAACGGACGCUACACCAGCAAUGAGUUCAACCUGGAGGUGAGCGUCCUGCACAGUUCAGAAGCCGGUGAACACAUCAACCACAUGGUAGCCCCGCCUCAGUACAUGCAGGUGGUCCACCAUCCAUCCAUGAUCCACGACCUGUACCCCAUGCACAACUCAGGCGUACCCAGUGCUGCCACUGUGGUAAUCGUGAUGUGUAUUGCCGCCCUGGUGGUAGUGGUGGUGCUCGGCAUAUACCGCAUCCAUCUGACCCACCAGCAGGAGGUGAAGCUGGCGGAGUCGGCUAAAGAGGCAGAUGUGACUUGGGACGACUCUGCUCUGACGAUCACGGUCAAUCCAAUGGAGAACCUGGAGGAGCCCCAGGCUGCAGAGGAAGAAGCCAGCGAGGAGGAGGAGGAUGAUGAAGAAGAAGAAGAGGACGAAGACGACGAGGACGAGGAGGAGGACGACAUCACCAGCGCUGAGUCAGACGACAGCGAGGAAGAAGUGGACGUCCAGCUACCCAGAAUGCAACGCUCAAGCAAGAAGGGUCAAAACUGGGACAAAACAACAAUAUCUUAUUGAAACACACAUUCACAGUCUCUCACAUGCACAUACACACACACACACACACACACACACACACACACACACACACUCACACAAUCUGCAACACAUCCAUACUGAAACCUCAAAUCAGAUGGUUGAAACAAAAAGACUUUAUGUGAUGUUGAUGCUCUAAAAAUGAGGUAAUAUCUCCCCCUACUGGAAGACUCCACUGAGCCACACGCACACAAACACACACAGUGCAGUGAUUUAACCUUAGCUUUGUCAGAAAAAUCUCCCGUUUUAUACAGCUGAUAAGAAAUAAUAUGACACUAAAACUACUCCACAAUCAAAUGACUCUCAUCCUUCUUAAAGGAACAGCUCGUCAAAAUUAAACCAUACCCAGAGAGAUGUUUUCCCAUGAAGGAUCUCUCCCUCUCAUUAUAAUCUAUGCCACAACUGCAGUCUUUAGAGAAAUAAAGUUGUAUGAAACCCAUUUUGUCAGUUAAACCCCACACCAUCCAUUCAGUUUGAUGUGUCAAAGAUUUCUGAUGUCCCAUCUAUAAAAAAAAUAAAACAAAUGCAAAACAGCCUUUAUUUAAGAAAAAUGAGUUGCAAAAGUAAAGAAACUGAGAGUAUUUUUUGGUUUGUAUACUUCAUGUUAUUUAUCAGUCUUUAUUCUAGCCUAUGUGGCAAAGCCAGGUGAUUUUACAGAAAUAGCAUAUUUUCAAUGGUACUCAAAAACAAACAAAACAAAAAAAAGAUGAUCGGUGUGCUGUCGCAGACGUCAUGUUGAACUAGCCGACGGGUCUGAGUUCUGGGUUUUUGGGAAAGUCAGAGGAGUCUCCUUGUACAUUUUUAUACGCUCCUUUCUUGUAAAUAUUGAGUAUAGUAGGUGACCCAACCCCCCCACUUACCCCCACCCCACCAGUCCAGCCCCACAUCGUCCACCCAGAAAAAAAAAAAACCCUUCCUUUCCACCUGUACACAACACACACGCCACCUCUUCAUGUGUAUGUACGCACCCCGAACCCUUAGCCUGCAGGAGUCUUUCCAGAACCCAUCCCUGAGUCCUCUGUGUGUGUUUCUAGCUCAGUGUUCAGAUCAUUCCAGCUGAUGUUGGCUUGGGUUCGUUGGGGCAGAUGUGCCACUGCCUCCAUAGUGAUGGGGUCAAAUAAAGCUGCACUAGGCGAGAAGUGCAUGUGUGUAAAAAUAAAGUAAAAUUUUAAAAAUACCCGUGUACCAAUCAGAGAAGAGCAUCCCCUCGCUAAUCAUGUUAUCAGUGUGGUCACAAAUCAGCAUCCGAAGCAACAACAAAACUCAGUGAAACAACACUACACAACUUCUUGUCAUUAAUGCUGCAUUAGAGAGUUGAUAGAAGGGCAAUGCUAACAGCAAUAUUUUGUAAUAAGGUGUUAAGUAUGUAUAAGGCAAGAUCUUUUUGGGUUAGUGGGUUAGAAAACUUUUUUUUUUUUUUAACCUAAAUAUCUUAUGACUUGAUCAGGGUCCCUUGAAUUUGACUGAUUAAAAUUUU